UUGUCGCGCGCAGGGCUGCAGCCAUCUGUACUCACUGCUGUUUCUAUGUUUCUAUAAAACUGUCCUGUGUCUGAGAGGAAGAGGGGGGCAUCUGAGGGUUGUUUGCACUGAGGAAGGAAGCUACUUGCAGGAAAAGCAAUGAAAUGUCUAUAAUUAACUCCAAGUGCUCCUUCUUCUGUUUUUCCCCCGGAUCUCACAGUGACGGUCGGGUUGAAGAAGGGACUCCGCGGUGUGUGUGAAGACAUGGAGGAGUGGUGCUGAAAGCGUCAUUGUUGGGUAUUUUUAACUCCAGUACAGCAGUAUAUGAACUUAUGCACUCCUCAGCUCUCACAUUGAGCUUUUUGGAUUAGUUUAGCCGGAUCAAUAUUUAUGCGUUUGGGACCGUCUGGAGCCAUCUUCACUCUUCCUGGUGGAGGUUUAGGACUGACACAGUGAUGGAGGACAUUGACAUCGAGCAGCAGGAACCGCUUCCUGUCGACCGAGAUGGGAGACCGCUCAGGAGCGCAGGGGACGAGCCUGACGGUGGCAGAAAGAUGGGAUGUUGUGAGAAGUUCCAGCGCUCUGUCUCCAAAUGGAUGCUUCCAGCAGACGCCCGCAGCAAGUACCUGGAACGGGCCAACUGCUGCCCGCCCCCCAUCUUCAUCAUCCUCAUCAGUAUUGCAGAGCUGGCAGUGUUUAUCUACUACGCUGUGUGGAAACCUCAGAAGCAGUGGGUGACCCUGGAUGAAGGCAUCUGGAAGAGUCGCCUCACAUACAAGCCUGAGUGCAGGCAGGAAGCAUGGCGCUUCAUCUCCUACAUGUUUGUCCACGCUGGUGUGGAGCACAUCGUGGGCAACCUGGUGAUGCAGCUGCUGCUGGGCAUCCCGCUGGAGCUGGUUCACAAAGGCUUUGAAGUGGGAAUGGUUUACCUGGCCGGCGUCCUGGCAGGAUCGUUGGCCAGCUCCAUCUUUGAUCCUCUCAGUGCUUUGGUGGGAGCGUCUGGGGGUGUUUAUGCUCUGAUAGGAGGCUACUUUAUGAACGCAGUGGUGAAUUUCCGAGAGAUGAUCCCUCUCCUUGGAGUAUUUCGUAUCCUCGCCAUAGUGAUAUUUGGUGUCCUUUGUGGCUCACUUUGCAGGGAUCGUGGCCGGUAUGACCAUCGGCUACGUCUUCUUCAGUGCUUACAACAAGAAGCUGCUCAAAGACCCACGCUUCUGGCUGUGUAUACUGGGAUAUGUAGCCUUUGUGAUCUUCGCUGUGGUCUUCAACAUCUUCCUGACCCCAGCAACAUAAGAACAUGAAGCUGCACCAACCCUUUUAUUUGUUUUUAAGUUAACACUAAAUGCCUUGAUGUCACACUACUCAGGAAGCUGUAUUUUACUGAUGUUGUUCAGAGGAAAGUUGCAGGGAGUUUGUAAAUGUAGUGCAAAGGGUGUUUUUUUUAAUUAUUUUUCUAUCAGAUUUUCCUUUUUAGAGCUGAAUGUGUGCGCUCAAGGGGAAGGAUGCCUCCUGCUGUUCAUGUGUAGUAUUGCAGAAGGCAUAUUUUACACUAAAGACAAUGGUGAGCAAAACGUGCCUUUAAAAAGUGAGUAAUUUAGAACUGAAUUAAAUGUUUAUGUACUUUUUUAAUAUGUUGUCAUUGAUAUUUGUAGUUUUUUUGAUGUGAGAUCUCUUUGUGCUUGUCAUCAGGAUAUUACUGAACACACUGGUCCUAUGUCAUAUCAUUUUUCUUUAAAAGUAAAUAAUGCUCAGGCUGUUGAAUCAUCAAGGACUCUUAUGGACUCUCAGUAUUCAUAAAAUGUGCCUUAAACAUGGUGACAUCACUACAUUAAACACUAAAUUUGACGAGUCUCAGGGAAACAUGGGAUACUUUUAAAAAAAUCCUGGUGUUGCUCCUGACGUCUGUAAGGAAAAGAGCUGGUUUACCAACAGGCCGUGGCUUAAUGCCAAGCUAUUGUUUCAGUCACAUCCUGUUGACCAGACAUGGCCAAUUACACACGAGUUACAGAUCUCUGUCGGUCAUGCUUGUUGUUUUUUAACCUUGGAAAUAGAAAACUUAGGCUUCAAACAUCAACACCCAGCUUUUAAAACAUCAUUUACUAUAGUGAAAAUAAACAGUGGUUGGUAUCAUACAAUACUCCCACUUAACUUGAGGGAAACUGUUGAACGUUAAGUGGAAGUUAUAGCUUUCAGAUGGUACAUUUUCUGUUUCAUGAGUAUGGAAAUGGAAACACUAAACUUGUGGUGUGAGCAGAGGGCAUUGGGUACAUGUUGUAAUUUAGAAACAGAUGUUAUGUUUGUACUUUUAUCUAAAACCACAGGUAAAUUACAACCAAAGACACCUCCUACACCUGGUUUUUGCAUUUCCACGGCUCAGUGUUUAAAGUAUUUUAUUAAAACCUGAUGUUUUUUUGAUGAAUUUGAUGUCAAAUAUAAUUUCAUGCAGAAACAGGACAGGAGUAUUGACUUUGUCUGAUUAAAAUCCCCAGAAUUAACACUAAAAACUACAUUUUCACUGGUUGGUCUUCCAACUCAUUGUCAAUUAGCAGAUAAGAUAGUGUGUGUGUAGCAGUCUAAUGUUUGAUGUUGUGCAGACUCUGCUACAUAUAUUUGAUUGUACCCGUAUGGCAGUGACAGCUUUUUAUAGUAUGGAAAGUUCCAUAGUUUCCAAACAGCUCAUCAAUAUAACUUAGUGCAUCAAUAUUCAAUUACCAUGAGCUUGUUUGCCUUGACCCUGAAACAGUGGGAAAUGGUAUGUUGCCCUCUCUAGCACAGCAAUCGAAGAAAAUCUGAUGUCACAGGACAGAACUGCUGAAACAUUAAAAUCUGCCAGAUUUCACCUUUUUUUUAUAUCUUAAAAUCAAUAUUUGCUGCCAGGCGGUCAUUGCUGUAGUGUUUCAUGUUCACUUAAUGAGGAUCUUGCUUUAAAAUACUGGAAAUAAAACUGGGUUUCUUAAUUUGGUUUGGCGAGGACCAAAGGUCUUAAAAAUGACAGAAACAGUGGCAUCAUUUCUGGUGAACAUUUUACAAGUUACCUUAUCAUAUGUUAAUUCUUUUAGACCAUAAAUACUUGACUUUUGCCAAUAAGAUAGUCAGAAGUGACACAAAUUGUAAAGAUCAUCUAUAUCAUCAAUAUUUUAAGACAUAAAACAUAUAAAACAA